UGCCAACAGGGUCGAAUUGAUUUCGCGUGUCAAACUGUUGAUGGUAUUGGUUUCACAAGGGACAUACAACUGGUGAUCCUCUAUAUGACAGUGCUGCACUGGAAAACAAAUUCCGCAAACGGUCGUCCAUCAGAUGCAGGCCACGGAGGAGACGAGAAACCUUAUCCGACACCAGGUAUCGUCCCACCUGGUGGCUCAUCAACCGCGGAAAGUGCUGCUCAAGGUCGAACAGCUAACAAAGAUCCACCACUGGGCGCACUGUUUUCUUCUCCAGGCCCCACUGUAACUCCCUUCUGA